CGGCGGAUCGAUCGACGAUGGCGACGUACCCGCGCAUGGUCUUCUCGCCCGAGACGUACGCCAAGCACAUGGCCAAUCUCGACCGCGUCUUGCAGCUCGCGCUCGCGGAUCCAAUCGCGUGGCAUGAACCGACCGUCUUGCUCGACAAGUCGUGGGCGCGACCGCUCGAUAAGAACGGGUGGCGCAUCUUUGCGCAAACAAACAGUACGAAGGCCACGUACGUGUGCACGGGCCGCCUCCACACGACGCUCGAUGCGCUCCGCGCCGCCUUCUACAACGAGCGAACACCGGCCUACCGGUCCACGUGCGCCGUGCUCUACGAAGGCGCGCUCGUCGAUGCUGCCGUCCUCAACGUCUCCCAGCGCCGGUCAAGUGCGGAUGCUGGGCACUUUCUCGGCGUCAAGGUCCUCAAGCUCGCGAUUAGCCCCGUCGUUGGCGACCUCGACUCGACCCAGCACGACUUUGCCUUUGUCGAGUAUGCAGGAACACGGUGGGACCGGCACGGCCGCGAGACGUACUUUGUCAUUUCCGAGCCGAUGGCCGACCCGACAAAGCCCAAAGACGCUUGCUUGAGCAACGAGUCGCUGGCGACCGUCAAGCUGUACCACACGGCGGACGACAGCAGCGUUGCCGUGACCGUUCGCGCCGUGAUUCGGUUCGCGGCCAAAGCCAAGAAGCAGCGGUCGACGAUGGUGCUCUGGAAGGACAUGGGCGUGUACUUGCCGCGGAGCCUCACCAAGGACUUUCUGUCGGUGACGCGCGAAGCGUUUGCGUACCAAGCGCUGCUCUUGACGACCGGCGCCUUUGCGCUGACGCUCUCCAAGCACACUAAAACGUGCUCGGUCUGCACGAAGAGCAGCAGCCUCCUCCGGCGCCAUGGCCACUGCCAGCGUUGCGGCCAUGCUAUGUGCAGCGCGUGCACAGUCAAGCUCUACUGCGUGGACCGGCCGUCGCGGAGGCUCUCGGACAAGCUCAUGGUCCAGGAGAAGUUUUGCAAACAAUGCUUUGUUGAAGCCAAGACCAUGCGCUUGCGCAGUGGCUCCAACAUGGACGACGUCGCGUCCGUGCACUGCAGCAACGACUCGGUCAUCUACAUUGACGACCCGAUCCAUGCGUCGUGCUGUGACGGCCAAGCAAGCAGCCGGUCCGGUUCCGUCGUCAGCUCGGUGGUUGGCUCGACGAGCAGCUCGCACGACGAUAUGUAUACUUCGUCGUCUAUGAGCUCGAUGGCACGGAAGGGCAGCGUCGCGAGCACGGUUACGACUUGGACGUCGUCGAUGAAGGACGAUGCGCUGUCGCGCAAAGUGAGCGCAGGCGACGUCCGCGCGGGCACCCGCCAAGACGGCCGUCCAGCGCGACGCGGCAGCACCGAGAGCCGAUCAGUCGCAACGACGAGCAGCUCGUGGUCGUCGCUGACGAAGGAAGAGAUGGCGCUGCGCAUCGACGAGAUGCACGAGUCGAUUGCGCACCAGAACUACCUCAUCACGUCCAUGAACGAGAUGCUCGUCCAGCCUCGUCCGGCGCGCGGGUACGGCGCCAGCGGCGGCAACCCGGCGCUUCUUCCGCCGACGUUCGAGGUCGAUGCGAUCCAGAGGAUGGAGCGCACAGAUGACCGAAGGCGGCUCAUGGCAGCGCUUCUCCACGACGUGGCCGCGAUCACGACCACGCCCGGCGCUGUGGCCACACUGCGCGACGCCAUCCACAGCAAGCAGCCCGCCAGUACUCUGACGCCGGAUGUACUCAAAGACCGCGGCAAUGCUGCCUUCAAAGCCAAGCACUACAAGGAGGCAAUUGCAGCGUUCUCGGAGGGCUUGCGGCUCCUCACGAUCGACGACGAGCCGACCGCGCAGCUCCAGAGCAUUCUGUUCACCAACCGAUGCGCCGCGUGGCACGCGCUUGGGGCGCUCGAGCACGCGUUCGCCGAUGCGACGCGCGCGAUCACGAGCUAUCCGCCGUACCCAAAGGCGUGGUUCCGUCGCGCCAAGGUGCUCGAGGCCUGCAUCGCAACGGAUUCCGCUCUCGCCGCCACGCUCUGCGCGAGCCUCCGUCCCGACACAGAGCCAUUGGCCAUGGCGCAAGACGAUCUCGGCAUGGCCAAAACGCUCGUCGAAACGCCACGUGACGUCGAUCCCUUCCAGGCCGCCGUUGUCUUGCCGCCGCGCCACAUGGACGAGGCCAUCUAUGCGCACCCCAACUACCAUAAGCACGUCCGCGUCGCCACGUCAGCGCACGCCGGCCGGUAUCUCGAGGUCACGCAUGCGAUCCCAGCGGGCUCGGUCGUGCUCGUCGAAGACCCCGUCGCGUCGGCGGGCCUCGACCAUGUUGGGCGCUGCGAGCUGUGCUUUGCAGCCUGCGAGAGCCUUGUGCCUUGCGAUGCAUGCACGUGCGCAGUCUACUGCAGCGAUGCGUGCCAAGCUGCCGCGACCCCAUGGCACGACGCGCUCUGCGCCACGCAUCUGGACUGUCCGUCGCGGCUGCUGCUACGCCUCGCGCUGCAGUUCCGCGUCUCGACGGCCGUUCGCUCAAGUGAGGACGUGCGGCCGUGGCACCGGCGCGAUGUCUACGACCUCAAACGGCUGCUCCAUCGCGCGCCGCUCCCAGCACUGGGUAUCGCUCGCAAUGGAUUCCCCGACCUCGUCGCAGCGAUGGCAACGUGGGCGGUCGACGGCUCGUGCCACGCGCUGUGCCACCGCGGACGCGUGCACGGCUACGUCUUUAUGUCGAGAGCGAUACUGACCGAGUGCAUCGUCUACCUCGACUGCGACGAGGGGUGUCUCGAAGCGCCUCCGACGUGGCUCCAAGGCGUGGUCUCUCUGGUCUCGCACCAGUCGCACGUGACACUGCGAUCGACGAGCCGCGUACUGCUCGAUGCGCUUCAGUCGGCUCCCGACAUGUGGCGACAGGUCACGCCGCACGAGUACCGCUUCGUGGGUCACCGGCAUGAAGAGCUUUUGACGCUGCACGACGAUGUCGACUUUGCCUCACCCGCAACGCUCGUAUCCCGCGUCCUCUACGCCGCCGCACUCGCGGCGGUGCAGCGCCAAGCCAGUGCGUCGACGAUCGAAGAGAUGGCGCAUCGGCUGCUGGCGGCUGCGAGCCGCGUCGCGAUCAACCAAGUCGCCAUCACGACAACAUCCAGUACAACGCAGGGUGGCGUCGACGUUGUGGGCCAGGCCCGGCUCGGCACCGGGCUCUUCCCUGCCAUGGCCAUGUGCAACCACUCGUGCGCGCCGAAUGCGAGCGUGCACUUUACGGGACGCACCCUGCGCCUCGUGACGACGCGGGCCGUGGCCCAAGGCGACGAGAUCGCCAUCUCGUACGGCCCGCACCGCGCCAAGAUGCCGACGACGCAGCGGCAGCGCAUCCUCAACGAGCAGUAUGGCUUUGCUUGUCACUGCGCUGCCUGCCGCGCCACGUCAUCGGCCGAGGCGAACGAGACCACGCGCUUUCUCGCAGCGUCCAAGCGCGCGGCCGAUGCCAUCCACGACAGGCUCGCGCGCGGCGACGACGCGGCGGCGCUGCACACCGAAAUCGAUGCGCUUGUGGAUGCUCGUGUCGCGUCACUGCCACGGAACCACGUCGCGAUCGCCGAGGCCUUGGACCUGCGCGCGCAGUUGCUGGCGAUGCACGGCGCGUUCGCAGCAGCGUCGGACGCGUGUCUUGCAGCCAUUGCCGUGCUCGAGACGCACUACGACCCGCUCGACGCAGAGCUCGGACACGAGUACUUGAAGGCGGCGCAGCUGCUCUUCAACGCAGCGCGCUGGCCGUCCUGCCGCAUGUACCUCGCUCGGGCCAAAGCGUCGCUAACCCUUCACCUACCCGCCACCGAUGCGCUCCACGCCGAGAUGACCGAGAUGCAAUCCUACGUGGCCUUAAGAACGUAGUGCGCGUACGCAUCUUUCUGGCGUUGCUCGACGGACGCCAAGAGCGUCUUGAGCUCGGACGCGGCCGUCAGCGCCUUGGUCGAGAUGCUCGCGUCGUUGGCCAGCGCCGCGGCUUCAAAGUACCGGAGGC